CUGGCCUCGCGCCGUUGAAGCGUGGAGCGCGGGACACGAGGAUCGCGAGGCGCGAGUCGGGAGGGUGUCGGCGGGGUUUAGCGGGGAUCGGCGGGGAUCAGGAGGGACCAGGAGCGACCAGGAGGGACCAGGAGGGAGCAGGGAACCCAGGACCAGUCUCGGGGGACUCCAGUCGGAGAGCAGCGGCCCACAGCUCCCCCCCGGCCCGGUGGCGAGAGCGCCGCGUCUCCUCCUCCUCCCCGCGGGCCGCGCGGCCAUGGACAUGAAGAGAAUGAUCACGGAGAUGCGCGGGAAAGCGCCAGCAGAGGUGAAGGAGCUGGUGCUGGACAACUGUGGCUGCCGCGAGGGCAAGGUGGAUGGCCUCACGGAGGAGUUUGAGGGCCUGGAGCUGCUCAGCCUCAUCAACACCGGCCUCACCGCACUCUCCAGCCUGCCCAAGCUCCCCAAACUCAAGAAGCUGGAGCUCGGCGGGAAUAAGAUCACGGACGGCUUGGAAGCGCUGGUGGAGAAGACGCCCAACCUCACGUACCUGAGCCUCACCGGUAACAAGAUCAAGGAUCUGAGCAGCCUGGAGCCGCUGAAAAAGCUGGAGAAGCUGAAGAGCUUGGACCUGUUCAACUGCGAGGUGGUGAACCAGCCCAACUACCGCGAGGAGCUCUUCCGCCUGCUGCCUGCCCUGUCCUACCUGGACGGCUUCGACCACGACAACCAGGAGGCCUCCGAGUCGGAGGACGAGCACUACCCCGGGGAGAGCGAUGAUGAUGAGGACGACGACGACGAUGAGGAGGAUGAAGAUGAGGACGAGGAUGCCGUGGGCGAGGACGACGACGACGACGAUGAGAAUGACGUCGGCCUGGAAUAUUUGGCACGGGAGAACCUUCAGGAUGACGAGGAUGAUGGAGAGUACAAAUUCAAGGACGAAGAAGAGGAAGAGGAGGAUGAUGAGGAUGAUGAAGAGGAAGGGGAAGAUGGAGCCAAGGGGGAGAAGAGAAAGCGCGCCCCUGACGACGAAGGUGAAGACGAUGACGACGACGAGGAUGAUGAAGAGGAUGAGUGAAAACCGGCAUGCGUUGGCGUGUCGGUGGGCAAGGAGGUGCCGGGCGAGGGGAGGGUGGGGGGUGGGCUAGGGGCUGGGUAGUCGGGUGUGACGUGCGUGUGUGAAUGGGGGAGUGAAGCUUUAGGCCGAGCUGUGUUUUGGAAACUGCACCCGUUUUUAGUGACUCCCCCUGCGGAGCUGCACAGUCGAAAUACAAUCACGCAAUCAAUGGAGGAUCGUAACAAUGUGGCGAAAUGCACGGCUGAACCGUUGACUUUGCAAUUCGAAAGCACUGCAUCGUGGCAUUGGCAAGACAACCGGUUCCGUGGUGGUCAGUGUCCACGCCGGUUUCUCGCCGUAAAUGGGCAGAACCAUCGCGGUCGCACGGUCGGUUCGGCUAAAAGUCGAACCAACCUCCGUGACCUUAUUCGGGUGAUGUGCGAUCGGAAUAACUGAGUAUCGGAAUGUCUCAACAAUUGAUCGGCAGCAGUACAGGGCCUACUCUACUUACGAACGAGUUAGGUUCCAGAGGUCUGUUCGUAAGUCGAUUUGUCCGCAAGUCCAACUUUACUCCUAUCGAUUCCAAACACGUACGGCAUGUACACUAAACACGGGGAAUGGCUUUAAAAGUUGUAUAAUCUCCUGUAGAUGUAGAUGCCACUGGUUCUUCACCUUCUGCAGAUGUAGAUGCCACCACCGCCAACUAUUGCGCGGCAGUUGAACUUACGAUUCUUGGUCCAAACAGGCAACUGGACUUAGAGGCGGGUUUGUUUGUAUCACUGAAAGUUCGUAAGUCGAAUUUUUGUGCGCCGUGACGGGGCCACCACGAGGGGGCAUCGCUGGACAAAUGACACAGUUGGAUACCGAGAUUGAGAAUCUUUUCUUUUUUUAAACGGUUACCAGUACUUUCAUAAUUAAUGCUUAUUACACAUGAGUUAAUGAGUAUUGAUUUCAAAUUAAAAGGUGUCUUUUAACUGUUUGAAUGAAAAAAAAUAGGUUUCUUCCCUGGGCACUCUAAACCUGGUGUCCUCCACGUGUCCAGCCAGGCCCCCGCACGAGUGUCACUCCCCUGUCCGACUGUGAGACAACGCAUCCUUGCCAUGUUUGUCUCUCCACAUGACAAUUCAGAGUAUUCUUUUACACUCCUCCCGUCGGCCACGAGGGCCCUGUACGCCUGCGUCAUCAUACAACGUCUGCCGAUUGGAAAACCGGUUUUAGUCACGAAUCGGGAUUUAUUUAUCGUGGAGGAGGAAUCUGAUGAGCUGUGAAGCUCUUUGUCACAGAUGUCCGGCAAAGGGGAAUGGGUCCGCGAGUUACAUCGACAAACAAUACAACAACAAAAACGAUGUAAGAGCAAGAUAGAGAAAAGGUUAAGCAAGUCGCUCAAAUUAAAUACAGAGUAUCGAAGUAUACAUUUCACGAAUAUAUAAAUCCCCGCCGGUUAUUGUCAAUGCCAAACGCAAGCUUCAUAAAGUCUUAACGAUAGACGCCUCCGUGAGCGUGACGUUUAUUAAAAACAACAACAGGAAAUUUUGAGAAUUGCGCGAUGCGGUAUUACUAUGCGAUCGCGAUGACUGUAAACGUCACUGGAUCGGCCGCACGUUUGUGUCGCGGAGUAAAGAGGGACGGAACGUGCGGGGUGGACUCGACGGUGGCGCGGAACGGCGGCGCGACUCGAGCGCGUGACGCGUGCAGUGGGUCUCGUGAUGCCCGGGGGCGGUGCACCCCCUAGCAGCGCUGCAGUCGGGAGGAAGAGGCUGGGAGACUCCGCUCCAGGGAGACCACCGGAGUGUUGUCACCCGGGGCCGCCGAGCUCUCGAUGCAACCUCACGAGACACUUUUUGUUGCACUCGCCAUACCAAACCUUCCAUCGCUCGUGGAUCCCGAGUCUCCCUGUGUCUCUUCACGCAUUCCCUGCUGUCGUGGUCUUUUUGUUCCCUCCCCCGUCCUUAUCCAACGUUUAAUUAUUGUGCUGCCCAAGAAUCACGUACAUGUCAAUCGCUUUUUUUAAAUUCCCUUCUUCAUGACUAUAUUUCGGUCGGUGAUAUGUAAAAUUGCGCGAAUCAUUUCGAGGUAAAAAAAAACCCAAAAAGCGAGAAUUCCCAUUCAAGAGACUGCAAAUCACAUGUGUAGGGGGAGCUGUUGAAUUGAACUAAGGGUUUCGCAGUGUGACACUUCGGCUGCGUCAACACGAAAUCCAGAACUGGCCGUGUCCUUUCAUUUAUUUGACGGGUCAUUUUCAGAAUGUACCCAGGAAGCGGGGCUACUAGUUAAUUGCGGCACCGUGCCACCUGAAUGAGACUCUGAAAUCCCGGCACAGAGCAGAGUCGUGUUGAACUCCGCGUAACCCCUGUCGUCCUUACCCACGCGCCUCUGAUGAGCACGGUUGGCUAUGCACGGUGCAAAAGAAGUUCAACGUACACACGUACAUGCCGCCCGCAAGCGGUUGUUUCCGUCGCCGCCCGUGCAGUCGGCGUCACGCCACGCGUCCACUGCUGCGGUGCUCGCCCUGGGGGUCCCCCUCAGCGCCUACAGCGACACCGUCGGUCGCCACGCGUGCCUGGUCUUGCCUGGUGGACGCCUCGUGCCCACGGCUAGUUCACCGGCGUUGAGCGUGCCCAACGCUUGGAGCGCCGUGGUAGCGAGGCGUUAUCUCCCUCUGGUAUGCAGGAGGUCGUGGGUUCGAUUUCGACCCCGACGCCUGCUGUAUAUUUGGAGUUUGCAUGCCUCCGCGUGGUCGCGUGGAUUUUUUUUCUCCGGGGCCUUGGGUUUUUCGCUUCGGAUUUAGAAUCGACGUGCAUUUAGACAAUUUGGCUGCUUUAAAUUUUCGCGUGGUAACUUUGUUGGGCUAUUAUUUGUGGCCACUACGCUUGUGAAAAAGAGCUAUAUAGCUCGGUGGGUUUUACCUGGUCAAAUAAAAUAAUAAAAUAGACAAGGGUUGUCGCUAACGGUGCAGUUUUCAUGGGUCUGGUUCCCAACACGAGCUCCCCAGAAUGUAAACACAAGUAGACAUUUAAAUGUUAAGUUUUUGAGACGUGUUGAGUUAAAUAUAAAGUGUGCUUUUUUUUUUCUUCUAAACUUGGGUUUGUCUUUUGCUGUGUAAGCCAGCUCGUGCACCCCCACGUUCUUAGCUAGCGAGUGUUUUGUAGUAUUCUGUUAAUCAAGCAGGCAAGCCUCUGCUCCGCAAAGGUCCGGACGUUCCGUUUAUGUAAUCGUGCCCAGAAUUGUGCGUGUCCCCCGAGAAAACAAUCGCCUUUCGCACCGGGGGUCCGUUUAGUGAUGAUAAAUCGGCUCCUGUUUUGGCAUAUCUUGUUAGGUAGCCGUUACUUCAACAAUUGGGGGGGGAAAAGAUAUAUCGCUGAACGAUCAAGCGCGGAAUACUGCUACAGUCAUUUUCGACCACUAACCCCUCCGGAUUAAAAUGUUAAUUGACCAAAUACGUUGGGGGCGUAAUCCGUUGUCGUCGUUUUUAGGUUCAACUCGCUCUCCCUUUUGUCGCUGUGAUGACACAAAUUCUGGUGUCCCCUAACUUCAUCCUGGCAAGCGUGCCGCCCCCCCUGUGAACCACCCAGCACUGGGAGGCUCUGCUGACGUGAGCGACCGAGGGAGGGUUCAAAGCCAUAUCCCACGUGAUGAUGGAGUUUGCGGUACCCCUUGUUUAUUGGCGAAUCCCAGCUGUUCCAGAACAAUACAUUUAUACCGUUUUGUUGACAGUACAGUUUAUAUAUAUUUUCAUGUUAAGGUUGAAUUGUCUGGCGGCGUUCAAGUUGUGUCCACCUUGGAAUUGCUUAUAAACUGCUUUAAUAAAACAUUUUGAAUAUACA